AUGAAGACCUCAUCCAUCGCCCUCACCCUUGCAGCAGCUGCCGUUACGAGCGCACAGGAUCCGUUCUACAACAUCAGCUCUGCACCAUUCUUCUUAGUCGUCACAUCCGAAGACGGAAAGGUCAAUGACACGCUAAGCGCCUGUCACGUCGGUGCAGCCAUCGAAUCACUCUGCCUCAGCAACGCUGGCGUAGGUGACAGCCCAGAACCUCUCGACGGCGCACAAUUCCAAUUCAACACAUCCGUCUACUCUCAAGCACCAGAGGACGGCUUCGGCGUACCAGGCAUCUUGACCUGGUGGUUGAACACCACCACCCUCGACAUUCCCUCAUCGGCGGCUUUCAACCUCGACCCAACUUCCAACCUCGCAGGCAUCACUCUCAGCCCCGGAAGCGGAAGCGAUACAACUAUGCUGGCUUUCGACUCCCAGGACGAACUCACGUAUCAGGGCUACGUCCGCGGCGAGAACAACACAGGCAACUACCAGGAAUUCUACCGCUGGUAUGCAUGCGACACGGACUAUGCCAGCUACGGGUACAACAACCUGGCAUGGGGAUUGGACACUGCCAUCACAAACACCUACGGCACCCAAGGCAUCCUCUCCUGGACCAUCCCCUACGACCCCUACCCCAUCGACCUCUCCGUGCUCCUCCAACCCCAAGAUAUCGUCCCCUUGUCCAUCGCCCAACUCGCCAUAACCUACAGUGGCGACGGCAGCCUCUCCUUCGACAACAACGACGUACUAAACUUCCAGAAUCCGAUUACUUGGGGGGCUGAGAAACCUGAGAUGGGGGAGUGGACGGGAUAUUAUCGCUGGUGGGUUUGCUUCACGUACUAUGGAACGGGAUCCGCCGAGUUGUGUUAA